AGUCGUCUGUAUACCGUCAGUAUCUUCAAGCAUGUAGAAUGUAACAAUGAUCUAAAUCAUGAUGAAGGUUUAUGUGUGUCUGGUUGUCGUUACCCUGGCAACAUUUUCUUGCCAAACGCGUGGAGCACAGGGGACAUUGGACGGAAGCUGUAGUAUCACUGACCUUCCUGGUAAAUCUUGGAAAGUAAAAUGCCAGGACAGACAAAACAACCCCGUGGAGCCUGUUAAUGGGGUAGUGAAUGCCGACGACCUAUGUAUAUUUACCUGUUCUCGAAACGAGAGGAAGACAUGGGUGUAUUGUAAGGAAGGACAAUGGUCUGGGGAACCGGAAAAAUGUGCAGAGCCGCCACUACCGGAAAUUAAUCACAGACAAAAGCGAUGGGGCCGUAUCCUUCAGACGAGUUAUCCGAAGCAUUAAAUGUGUAUUUGCUCGGUGUCGAAAACCACGAAGACCUCUACCUAAAGAUUACACCCCUCCUCAGCUAACCUGCCCACCUGACCAAAACAUACAUGGUGACCCUUUCCAGACUCACGCAAAGGCUUACUGGGUCGCGCCAACGGCCUGGGACAGUCGGGAUGGUACAGUGACUGUAUACAAGUCAUCAUCUCGUAGGUCUGGAUAUCCUAUACCAGAACCAGGCGCAACAAUUGGUUAUUAUGCAUGGGACAAAAGUGGAAAUAUGGCAAGAUGUACGUUCCGGAUAAACGUCAAAGUGCUGACGUGCCCUUCCCCAGACAGUGUGACCGACGGUCAUGGUAUCUGCAAGGGACAAAAGUGGAAAAAUGGCAAGAUCGAUGAUAUGGUCCUUGGUUCCUACUGUGAAUUCGGCUGUUACAAGGGACAUUAUCUCGUUGGACCAAGCGAGGCCGAGUGUAUGGCCACAGAACGUUGGUCGUCUUGGACAGUUAACCAACCAAGCUGCCACAAACAUUCAUGUCCUGCGUUGUUACCUACGCCAUUACUACACAUCACCUACACUAACGGAAACCUGUUCCGGUCUUUCGCCAAAUUUACCUGUGCUGUCGGAUACGACAUACCGGUAAACAUGAGGCGAGUGGCGGUGUGUGGAGUUGACCAAACAUGGAGUUCUGUUGUUCCACAUUGUGUUGACGUUGAGCGACCGAGCUUUAAGAGAUUUCCGUCAUCGAAGACCUUCUAUAUUUCACGGCACAAAGAUACUGUAGCUGUAUACUGGGAGGUCCCGGAAGUGGAAGAUAACUCAGGUGAUAUUUUAGCAGCAGAACAGAUUCAUGGGCCUAACCAAGGCGACGCUCUUCCUGUUGGCACGUAUCAUGUAAUAUACAAAGCAACAGACAGUGCGGGCAAUGAAGCCAGGCCCCUCAACUUCAAAAUCACCGUUAAAGAAAUCAGAUGUUUCCGCGUUCAUCCAACUCCUUACACCUCCGUUAACUGUACCGGUAAUCGCCUGGGAUCAACGUGUACCUUUCAGUGUUCAGAGGGUGCAACACUGAACGCGUCAUCAUCCGUAACUAGUUGUGAACAAGAGGGAAGCCCUCCAUACGGGGCAUGGGACUGGGGUACACAGCAACCUUUCUGUAAAUUAUCAGCGAAUUGCCAGCUCCCCAAAGCUCCUGACAAUGGCGCCUUGGCUUGUGACUACUGGUUAGGUGGGCGCUUCUGUCAGCCACAGUGUCAGAUGGGAUACGAUAUCUCCGCUAGAAGUCAUUACGUGGAUCUUCUUAUCUGUAAUGACGACGGGAGCUUAUCAUGGGGUCUUCCUCUCCCGAAUUGCAUGCCUGCCAGCUCUUCUAGGGGAACAAGCAGAACUGCUGUAGUCUUUUUCACGGGGAGCUGUACUGACGAGGCAACAAAGACGGAAAUCAAACAAAACUUUAUUGAAAAGCUUAGCUCUACUUCUUUCAAUCAUGGUUGCGACAUUUCUCCGAAGUGCAGCUGGAAAAACGUACAGGUGAUAUGUGGCGAUUCAAAAGGGAAGCGAUCUACAGGAGUUAACAUCUUCUUUGAGAUAAAGCUAAAUGCAUCAACAGCAAUGAACGAAGAAGAGUACUACAAUCAAUAUAUGGAAUAUGAAUCACUGAUGGAUAACUUAAAGGUAGAUGUUGAUUCGGGAAUUCUCACAAUAGAGCUGAAUGGUAACAUAACUUUGGAAGCCGCUGAAAUCGUGCUGAGAGAUAUAGGACUCCAGUGUGAGGAGAACACUGUCGCUUCGACGAAGACGUUCACAUGUGUGGAAUGUCAGAGUGGAAGUUACUAUGACGCUAUGACAGAAGAGUGUGUAUUAUGUCCGAUCGGUCAGUAUCAGCCUGAACCAAGGAAAAACGUAUGUAUCCAGUGUCCAUUUGGUACAUCUACAGCAACAACGGGUUCUACUAACCAGGCCAAUUGCAUAGCUGCUUGUCCUCCUGGUUCCUGGUCUCCCUCCUCUCUACCUCCAUGUACACCAUGUGAUGUAGGGUACUACCAGAGUGGUUACGGAGCCACAGACUGUACUGACUGUCCAGGAAACAAAAUAACCAAGAUCGAUAACUCUGCAUCAGAAACUGAUUGCGUCGAUUUCGAUGUGUAUUUCCCCGACAACCAAACCGCCGGCGUUCUAUUUAGCGAGGUGGAGAGAGUCCCUGUUACAGGAUACACCAUUGUUUGGUGGCAGCAAUGUAGUAGUUGCUCGGGAGAAGCCUUUGUCCUUAAAAAUGUGACUGGGGAGAAAUCCUUAUCUGUAGCAUUUUCAUCUUCAGUUACAAUCAACGUUGAUGGACAAACAACCAACAGUGAAGUUUCUCCUCCUGAUGACGAAGAGUGGCAUGUUUAUUUGUUAAAGAGAAAGCAUACUUUUUUGGAAUUCUACAAGGAUAUGUCACUGGUCCUGAACGUGACGGGAAUUCCAGAACCAAGCACGUUUGGCGGUGUUAUCCAAAUUGGUGGAAUAUCAUUUGAAGGAACGAUAUCCCAGCUAAAUGUUUUCACCGAAUCAGUUUCGUUAGCAACGGAGAGGUGUUCAAAUGACGUGUCUGGUGAUGUGUUCGGAUGGAGAAGCGUCCUUAACGCCACUAUGAACGACGCCUUCGUACAGAUCCCUAGUCUGUGUGAUGAUGUAAAAGAGUGUGCUUCUAGCCCUUGUAUCCAUGGUAAUUGUACCGACGACUACAAUGGCUAUCAAUGUCAGUGUGACGUAGGCUUUACCGGAAGUGACUGUGACAUUGAUAUUGACGACUGUGAGAUGAAUUCCUGUCAAAACAACGCCACCUGUCAGGAUAGUGUGAAUAACUACACGUGCCAAUGCUUACCAAAUUUCACGGGUAUACUCUGCGAAAUCGCUCUAGUUGAUGGUGAAUGGAACGAGUGGGGAAACUGGACAGAAUGCAGCGCCACCUGUGGUAACAGCACGCGAACCCGAAUUCGGGUUUGUGACAAUCCAGCCCCGGACAAUGGGGGUGCUGAAUGUAUUGGUGAUGGUACUGAGACUGAAGUGUGUGUAGAGGAGAGCUGUCCUGAAUGUGGAGAGCUAGUUCCACCGGUAAAUGGCUCACUGGCCUGCACAAAUGAUGGGGUUGAUAAUGUGUGUGUACUCGAGUGUGACGACGGAUUUGUGACAGACAUCCCUGUCCCCGAUAAUUAUACAUGCGGCAAUUCUACUUUCAAUCAGUGGGACUUUAAAACCGAUACUAACGUCUAUACACGACUUCCGUCUUGCAUAGCAAUAAUGGACCCUGAUGACAUGUGGGCCACUCGAUCGUCAUUCUACCAGGAUUUAGACUGCGAUACACUGAGCACAAAUACGGAUGCGUCGACUGCUGUGACGGGCAAACUCGGGGUAGUUGUAGAAUCCCUUACAUGCAUAAAGAACGGUGAUUGUAAGGAUGACCAGAAGUUCAUCAACACCUGUGAGGCUAGGCGAAAACGAGACACUUCUGAGAUGGCAGGGUAUACUGUCGUUAUCCACUGUCACUCAAAAUCAAAAGGAGCAGUCGACUGCUAUGAAAUUUUAACACAGGCUGUGAUCGACUUCGAAAGAUUGGAAGAGCAAGGCGAAAUGGAUGUCCUGAUAGAUAGCAUUGAAUACACUGUCAACAUCAGCCAAUCAGUGGCUGAUAACAGUUUAAACUGUCCAACAGGAAUGAUAGAAGUUUUCUCUUUCUGUGUUCCUUGUGGACCCGGUCGGUACUACUCUGAAGGUGAGUGUGUCCUGUGUGAUAUCGGAGUAUACCAGGACUCUACACAACAGACCUCGUGUAAGGCAUGUCCUACCGGAACGUCAACGGAGGGUACAGGCUCUAUCAGCGUCACCGAAUGUACUGUAGUUUUGCCUGUUGAAGAUUCUGUGCCGAUCACCGAGACCGAGGCUUUCACACUCUCAGUGGGUAUUAUUGUUGGAAUCGUCGUAGGAGCGAUUGUCGUGAUUGUAUUAAUCGCGAUAUUAACUGUGGUGAGACUCAAAAAAUCGAAAAAGAAGAUUUCGGAUUCAGCUAUAUUUCAUCCAUCAAAUUGUCACUCAAAAGGCAUUGAGAGGGAAUCUACUAACAACAGUGACAUGAACAUCGCCGACUAUGACAGUAAUAGCAUUUAUCCAUGCCGUGAAGAUAUUGCCAGAAAACCCAAAUGGUCUGCAUUAAGUUGGCAAGGUGACGACAAUGCAAGCAACUACCAAUUCGGAGAUCAUUCGAAGCCACCAUUAUCAACUGGACACCCUCUCCCCAUGUUUUUGACCAAGUUGUCUAGCAACCAAUCACCGCCGUUACGUCGAGGAAUGCUUUUGACCCCGUUACCUGGCAACCAAUCACUGGCAACUAACAGAGACCCAAAUAUUGCUACUAUAUCAACGAUAGACAUUUUACCUCUUGGGGAUGAUAAAGAUUCAGACUUGUGAUAUGAAAUGCUUCUGUGAUGAUGAUUGUUUUAUCAUACACUUUGUGAAAUAUGUUUUAUUCAAAUAUUAUGUAAAAGAGAAAAAAACUAACGCAAGGUAAAGUCUUCUCUAGGACGUACAAACUAAAUGUAUGUCUACAAUUCGCAUCCAUGUGUCAAUCAAGAGACGACUUGUCAUUUUGAUCAUGUCAGGGUAUCGACCUUCACUGCGCGAUUGAAACGUUCUUUUUGAAGAACAUGGACGUGGCGCAGUGGUAUAAGCUGCGGGUAUUUCUGGGUAGGCGAUUAGUUGUCCAGUCAGGGCACGAGUCAUAAAAUUAUCUUCCUUUUUGUAACUAUGUUAUAUAUAUAUUGCUUGUAUUAUAAAACUGGUUUGUACAGUGAAUGAUGAAAUACGAAAAAUAACUUUGCCUUGCUAUAAAUUAAAUUUCUAAGAACUAUUUAUCUUUAAUACAUUAUUAUUUGAAUAUAACAAAAAAGGUGCAAGAUAAACCGCAUGGGUCAUUAAUCACGUUAUUUCGUCUGACCUAGUUCACAUUCAUGUGCUAUUCAUACUAAUGUUGAACAUGAAAAGUAUUAUCUGUGUCACAGCCAUUUAUAUAACAUGCAUAUUGUUUUUAUUAUUAUCAAUAUUUCAGAAAUCGUAAACAAGUCGUUUUUAACUUGUACCUGUAGCUUUUCGAAAGUGAAAAAUGUAAUGUCAUAGCUAUGUAUAUGUUCAGUGUACAAAUUCAUUUUUGUAUAUUUUUAAAAAUUCAUUAUGUAAUUGAUAAGCUUUAACUUUGGUGUAAUAUUGAUUUAAAAUAAACUUUUGUUAUUGAUAUAUAA